AUGAUAGGGUCUGCCAGGAAGAUAAACAGAAAGUAUCUUCUGACACCAAAGGUGCUAUAUUUCCUUGUGAAUCUUCAGUACUACACUCUUCAUCAAUUCAGGGGAGUGUUUGCAAAGAAGAAGUUUGGUGCCUCAGAUGGCGACCUUGCAUAUUUCAUAGGGCCAAUGCUUGGAACGGUUUUCUUCACGAACAUAUUGAUUGGAGCAAUGAACGAUAAGUAUGGAAGGUCUCAUCUGUUUAUAAUAAGUGCUCUUCUGCUUACAUUUCUGUUCUUGCAGUUGUUUUUUGUCGAAGCAUAUAUGACGAUGGUUCCCGGAAUGUCUAUAUUUUGGUUUAAUCUUUUUCUGUACAUGGCCUUCAACAAUGGAAUUCCUCCUCUGCUUGACAAGGCUGUUCUUGACUACCUGAACGAAAUUCCUGAGGCAGGAGCAAGGGAGUUUGCAAAGCAAAAGCUAUGGGGAACUGCAGGCUAUGGGGUAUCCUGCAAAGUAAUAGAAAUGUGUAUUAAGUUUGGAGAAGAGUUCAAGUUUGGGAACCUAAGGUAUUAUUCAUUGGUAACAACGAUUUUGUCUGCAUCUGCUGUGUUUCUGUUGCUCAGAUCUCCAGCCAGAGAAGGCACAAGCACUAGAAGCGACAUCCUUGCAAACUGCAAAGAGCUGCUGCGCAACGGAUCGUAUCUUUUCUUCAUAUUCAUUAUCCUGCUGAAUGGAAUAACAAGGCAAGCACUGUCAAUCUACCACGUUGUGUAUCUUACAGAGAUUUUACAGAUCAAGGGAUAUGAGCUGCCGGCAAGCUGGCCGUCUUGGCUUCAAUACUUGGUUGGGUUUUUUAACGAGUCGCCUGUUGCAACAGCAACGUUCUGCGGAAUGGCUUUUGAGGUUGUGAUGCUCUACCACUUCCCCAAGAUAAGCCAGAAGAUUGGUCUUGUAUGGCCAUUUUUCAUCGCACAGCUUUUCCAGAUACUCAGGGUGAUCUGCUACUUCAUGCUAGACUACAACAAUCCUCAUGUGUUUAUGUAUUGCUGCUUGAUUGAGCUAACAAGAGGAGUGUACUUUGGAUUACUGACGCCGUCUGCAGUUCAGUUGGCAAUGAAUCUGUGCCCUCCGCAUCUGAAGGCCACGUCGCAGAUGAUCUACCACGGAACAUUUACUGCGCUUGGAUCUCUUGCAGCAUCAGCAGUGUUUGGAAGCCUGUUUUCUGAGGCAAAGAUGAAAGGCGCAGAUAUUUCACUGGAAGAGAAAGCUUCGAACUACAAGGUGUUUUUCUUGGUCAACAUUGCAUUUGCAUGCGCAACAGUGGCGCUAUUUUCGUAUAAAUACUUCUUCCUCGAUAGGAUUUCAAGAAGGAAUGCAGAGGUCGAAAAGAAGGAGCUGAAUGGGAGGCAAUCAAUAGCAGAGUCUCAGCAGAAAAAUACAAUUGUAAGUAAAUAG